GGUCCCGCUCGCGCGCGCUGAGGAAGUUUGUCCGCUCCUCGCCGCCGUCUCUCCCCUGGCGGCCCCGCCCGCCAUAUUGUCCCCGCCGCAGGCCGAGCUGCUGCAGCCGGAGCGGCGAUGGUUUUAAGGAUUGAAGAAAUAGUCAAACAGUGAGCAGCAGUCCACCUCUCAGGGCAGUCUCCAUACCCUUUGUUGUUAUGGCAGGGGGAAGGCGGGGCCCUAACCGGACAUCCUACUGCCGAAAUCCUCUUUGUGAAACGGGGGCUACUGGGGGUUCUGGACAUUCCACGAGUUCAUCGGUCACUGGUGUGCGCUCACGUACCAGGAGCGGUUCAGGUACAGGCCUCUCCAGCCCUCCUCUGGCAACCCAGACAGUGGUUCCCCUCCGGCACUGUAAGAUUCCAGAGCUGCCUGUGGAGAGGAGUGUCUUGUUUGAACUUCAGCUCUUCUUCUGUCAUCUCAUUGCUCUCUUUGUCCACUACAUCAAUAUCUACAAAACUGUGUGGUGGUACCCGCCCUCCCACCCUCCAUCACACACAUCACUGAACUUUCAUCUCAUUGACUUCAACGUGCUGACGGUGACGACAAUCGUCUUAGCGCGCAGGCUGAUCGGUGCCAUUGUGAAGGAGGCUUCACAAAGCAGCAAAGUCUCCCUGCCCCGCUCCAUUUUCCUUGUGAUUACUCGGUUUGCGGUCCUCACUGGGACAGGCUGGAGCCUGUGCCGGUCAAUAAUUCACCUCUUCAGGACCUACUCGUUCCUCAAUCUCUUGUUCCUGUGUUACCCGUUCGGCAUGUACAUUCCUUUUCUCCAGCUGAACUGUGACUUCCGGAAGACAGCCCUCUUCUCCCAAGUGGCUAACAUUGGCCCCCGAGAGACCGGGGAAGUGAACUCCAGGGGUAAAGACUAUUUAACAGUUUUAAAGGAGACCUGGAAGCAGCACACCAGGCAAAUGUAUGGCAUGGAGGCCAUGCCCACCCAUGCGUGCUGCCUCUCUCCAGACCUGAUCCGCAACGAGGUGGAGUAUUUGAAGAUGAACUUUAACUGGAGGAUGAAAGAGGUGCUGGUGAGCUCCAUGCUCAGUGCCUAUUAUGUGGCCUUUGUGCCUGUCUGGUUUGUGAAGAACACUCAGUAUUACGACAAACGGUGGUCAUGUGAGCUGUUCCUGCUGGUGUCCAUCAGUACGUCUGUGAUUCUGAUGCAGCAUCUCCUGCCUGCCCGCUACUGUGACCUCCUCCACAAAGCUGCGGCACACCUGGGCUGCUGGCAGAAGGUCGAUCCUGCCCUAUGCUCCAAUGUGCUACAGCAUCAGUGGACAGAGGAAUGCAUGUGGCCACAGGGGGUGCUGGUGAAACACAGCAAGAACGUGUACAAAGCCGUGGGCCAUUACAAUGUGGCUGUGCCAUCUGAUGUCUCACACUUCCGCUUUCAUUUCUUUUUCAGCAAACCGCUGAGGAUCUUGAACAUUUUAAUUCUGCUGGAAGGAGCUGUCAUCUUCUACCAGCUCUACUCACUGAUCUCGUCAGAGAAGUGGCACCAGACCAUCUCGCUGGCUCUCAUCCUCUUCAGCAAUUAUUACGCCUUCUUCAAGCUGCUGCGUGACCGGCUGGUACUGGGAAAAGCUUACACAUACUCUGCCAGCAGAGACUCAGAGCAGAAGUUCAAUUAAAUCGCACUGCUGCUCAGCUUGUAUUACGGAUAAAACCUUAAAAAAAAAAAAAAAAAAAACCACACAAACAACCUCAGAGCUUUGUAUUUUUGUUACCACUGCUUUUUUCUUUGAUAACUGAUGUAAUUAAAAGGAAAAAAACAUAUUUUUGUACUCCCAA